GACUUCAGUUGGUAAAGUAUUGAGGUCACAGUGGGUAUAAACAGUCGCUUUUAAGGUGUGAACUAUUGGUCCCAAGUGAGUUGCAAAUCCUCCAGAGCGACAGUUGAUGGAGUGGAGUCCCCUCGGAUCACCCAGCAGCAGCAGCGGCCUCCAUUUUAACUUCGACGCCGAGCAAUUCCUCACGUGUCCUGGGCUGUCUCUCUCACAUGACCCGAGUGUUUGUUCCCGUGAUCAGCACUUCCAUCUCAGUCUGUGACACCGAAUAUCCCUUUUUAUUCAAACACUGAUGGAUAUGCUUGAACAGAGUCUGGACAACGCAAGCCAAGAUAAACAAGAAGAAGAAGUUGUCCAGACAUCUGAAGACGGAACAGGAGAGGAGCAGACAGCUGUUACAAUAGCCAGUGUUCAGCAGGCUGCAGCAUUUGGUGACCAUAAUAUACAAUAUCAGUUCCGCACUGAGGGUGGUCAGGUGACUUAUCGUGUUGUUCAGGUGACUGACCAGCACCUUGACGGAAGAGAUGAUGGGGGAGGCGCGGUGAGUGUUGUCUCCACAGCCGCCUUCACUGGGGCUCCUCAGGCCGUGGCUCAGGCUGUGAUCCAAAACCCUUUCAGUAAUGGAGGAAGCCCAGCAGGAGAGGCGGUGGGAGGGGAGACGCGCUUCGCUUACUUCCCUGCGACCGCGGUGAGCGACGGGACUGUGUCUGUGCAGGCCGCCACGGACCCCACACUCACGCAGGCAGGGGGUCAGUUUUACGUGAUGAUGACCCCCCCUGAUGUUAUUCAGACAGGCACGCCACGAACCAUUGCCCCACGUACACAGCCGUACCCUGCAGAUGAAAACGAGCUGCUGCAGCAUGAAGGUUUAAACUGGAAAAUGGAUGGGCCGCGAACACCAAGAGAUGAAAGGAGAAGAGCACAACAUAAUGAAGUUGAGAGGCGGCGAAGAGACAAGAUCAACAACUGGAUUGUCACGCUUUCCAAGAUCAUCCCAGACUGCAGUAUGGACAGCACCAAGACUGGAGCAAGCAAAGGAGGCAUCUUGUCCAAAGCUUGUGACUACAUUCGUGACCUGAGGCAAAGCAACCAGCGACUGCAGGAGAGUCUGAAGGAAGUGGAGAGGAUACAAGUGGACAAUGAGUUGUGCAGGCAGCAGAUUGAAGAGCUGAAGAAUGAGAAUGCUUUGCUCCGAGCGCAGCUCCAGCAGCACGGCAUCGAGAUGGUUGGAGAGACACCACCGCAGUGAAGCAGAGACAAAAAUAACAGGGAGGGGCACCACCACUCAGACAUAAAACCGACACGGUGGGAAAGAAGGCGAGAUUGGGGGGUGGGGGGGGAGUACUUGUCAAGAAUCACUUACUUUUUAGUGAAUACAUCCUUCCCUGGGUUCCCAGGUUGCGAUCCCUUCGCUGGCCAAUUGUGGCUGUACUUGACUGUUCCAAUCCUAUUGAGAUAAACACCUGUUACAACUCAGUAGAAAUGUGCUCCAAGAAAAGAUGCCUACUCACCACCAUCAGAGUGCUUUACUAGCACUAGCUAAGAAAGAGAACCUCUGCUGAACUCCUCCCUUGUUUUGUAUUUAUGUAGCGUCAUCAUGGACUACGAUGUUUGUUAUUUCAUUUUGUUCCCUGUCAGUGUAUUUUCCCCCAAAUUAUUAAUUUAGACUUAGUUCAGGCUUUCAUUCUGUUUGUGUUUUUGACUUCUGUAUUAAUAUGUUGUUUUUAGCUGCUUUAAUUUAUUAGUCCGCUUGCUGACAGAAGCCCUGAUGGAGACCAGUUACACUGAAGCUCAUACACCCCAGAGAAGCAGAAUGAAUUUUAAGUGAGAAAACAUCAAAGUAUGCAAAACAUUAUGAAUCUACAGACAGAAAUAAUGUGACAAACACAUUUACCUAGCCCCAAUGACAAACAAGGAGAUGUACUGAUUUAUGUAUGUCUCAUGUUUUAAUACAGAUGUUACAGAAUGUUAGAGCAGAUUAUUUCUGGGAGUAAACAAUCAAUAGCUCAUUAACUUCAUGCUGACCUUUGUCAUAAUAAUUGUCAUGACGUGUGUGCAAUCCUGGAGCUUGAUUUGGAAAACAAAGUGGUAUACUUGAAUUUGUUGGGCAUUUGCUUAACCAGAAAAAUGACUACAAACUCAACAAAAUCACUUGUAAAGAACCAGUUGACCAGCUAAAUGCUGUUUAAUUACAAAUUGAAAUGUACAGGUGUGGAACAUGUAGACGACAAACCCAGAGUGCAGGAUUGUGGACUGGAGAGAAGUGCAGUGCAAACCUUUGCCAAACUAUAUGUAAGCAGUGUGGUUUUUAUUUUCAUCUUUUGUUCAUGUAUGAUUUGCCAGUGUUUCAGUACGUGUAAGAAUAAUCUCCACAUGUUUCAUUUCAAGCUGUUUGCUCUAUUUUGGUAUUGCAACACUUCAAAUGGAGCUCAACGCGCAAGGGGGGAGGCACCCUGGAGAGCGGUAUUCAAAGACUGCUCACUAUGGAAAAGGAGUACACAGAAAUUCUGUGUUGCACUUCUUAGGUGAGCACAACUCGUUCUCCACGAAAAGACGGAAUAGUUGGAAAGUGGGGAACUUGGAAAUGAUCUCCCAUAACUCUCCACCCACUCAGGCGAACAAUAAGUAAACUGCAAUUGGUUGUACAAACAGCCAAUAUUAACAUUGUUGAUGAUUUUGUGAAUGAAUAUACAUGAUGUGUUUUUGUUCCGCUUUGGGCGAUGUGAGUGAAAGUGAAAUAGAGCUAUCACGCUUCGGAGCCACUUAUUAGAGCACGAUUGCUUCUCCCUGUGUCAACAGGAUCCAGCAAAGCAAAACCAACGCUCAGACCCCUGGCAAAAUCAGGCAGACUAUCACAUUUUAAUAUCUCAGACUCUGCAAGUUAACAGCUUGUGCUUUGGAAGUGCUGUUCUGCUACUACAGCUAGAUUGAAACCUGACAUGAAUAGUGCAGGUGUCUGGUCUAUCAAACGAGGCUCCUAGCCAAAGUUGAAUGAUAGGUGUUUUUUCCGGUAGAAUUUUUUUUACACCUCUGAGAGGAGAGCAGAGAAAGUGAAGACAUGAAUAAUGCUUUGGAAAAUGGAUGUUCAAAAAUGAAAGGUCACUUGUGGCUAGUUCCUUUUUUUUUUUUUUUUUUUUUUUUUUUUUUCUCCUCACAUUUCUUUUUUGAAAUGGCAAAAGAAAUGGGAAAAAAAAGUCUCUGUAGCAGCCUCACUGUUCUCAGGUUAGAUUGUAAGACAACUUUUCUAAGUUAAAUGGUGGAAAAUAAAAUGUUCACUAGCUGAUAACCUUUA